GCGCUUGAAUUUUCUCAGAAUCGGAGCUCAGUUUUUGUUUGUUUGUUUGUUUGUCUUUCGCAUUUUCACAAUGCUGUCGUAUCAGAGUAUGACUGACCUACAGCGCAAGUUGUAUGACCAAGUCAAGAGUGCAAAUGUAUAUCAUAACCUCCUGCGGUGGGACCGACUUGGCGUUGCUGACGUGCAGGCCGUUGCUGAGGGACUCAAAGUGAACACGACGUUGACUGUGCUCGACAUGAAGGAGCAUCAUCUUGAUGAUGAUGGUGCCAAGGCAUUCGCUGAGGCACUCAAAGUGAACACGACGCUGACUAAGCUCAAUCUGUGGGCGAAUCAGAUUGGCGAGGCUGGAGCGCAGGCGAUUGCUGAGGCACUCAAAGUGAACGCGACGCUGCGCACGCUCUAUUUGGAUAGGAACCAGAUUGGCGAUGCUGGAGCAAAAGCGAUUGCUGAGGCACUCAAAGUGAACGCAACGCUGCGCACGCUCUAUUUGGAUAGGAAUCAGUUUGGCGAUGCUGGAGUGCAGGCCAUUGCUAAGGCACUCCAAGUGAACAAGACGCUGUCGUGGCUCAAUUUGAUUGAUAAGCAGAUUGGCGAUGCCGGAGCACAAGCGUUAGCUGAGGCGCUCAGAGUGAACGCGACUCUGGCUGUGCUCUAUCUGCGUGAGAAUCGGCUUGGCGAUGCUGGCGCGCAGGCGAUUGCUGAGGCACUCAAAUCGAACACGAUGCUGACUUUUCUCGAUCUGUGGGCGAAUCAGAUUGGCGAGGCUGGAGCGCAGGCCAUCGCUGAGGCACUCAAGAUGAACUCGACGCUGAUCCAGCUUUUUCUGAAUGGGAAUCAGAUUGGUGAUUUUGGAGCGAAGGCCUUUGCUGAGGCACUCAGAGUCAACAUGACAGUGCAAAGACUCGAUCUAACGGGUAAUGGCAUUGGCAAUCUUGGUGCUCAAGCGAUCGAUGAGGCACGGCAAGUGAACGACAAAUGUCGCGUUAACAUCGACAGCCAGAUCAACCCUCUUACACUCUCCUUGCGUCCACGGUUGGCAACUGCUAAAGACAUUCAGGCCGUGUUUCACCUGCUGACAGGCGGACCGGAGCUGGAAGCUCAACCCGCGUCUCUACCGGUAUUACCAUUCGAGAUUGCGGAGCCCAUUAUGGACGAAGCGCAUUACUGGCAAGGCGUGCAAGAUACCAAACAAGUGCACUUUGCUGACAUUUUCCCCAAGCAUCCGCUGAAAGUCACUGUGCCUCGAAGCAUCGAUGAAAAUCCGAUCCAAGUGAAAGCAAUUCGCGUGAUUCGUGAAUGGAAGAAGCCUUCCCACAAUGCGGGUGACAGCGUUGUUGUGCUGACUGUCCAAGAUGAGCAAGGUGCAGUUCGAUUCGAAUGUGAUGCGAACCUGACUUUGGUCGAUUCCACCUUGGAGUGUGUGACGAUUUGGCGUGCGGAUCAUCACAUCAUCCGAGAGAUGCGCGAGGGUUGGAAAGUUCAACUUGUGCCCAGCGAGUUUUCCAAACAGUUCUUGUUUGAAUCUCUUUAUGUCGGAUAUGUCUAGUGGCAAUCUCCAGUUCAAAUAAACAAGCCAAGUUCUCAACCA